GGCAGUCGGGUUAAACAGCCUGAUCAAAGUCCACAUGAGAUCAUUUUAUUUGUAAUAUCGAGUUUGCUCUCAUCACAAACACGAUAAGACAAUAAUAGUGUCUUACCUGGCAGCCUCCAGGGUUGAAGCGAUGAGAAGUAAAGCAGGACAGUUUAAUCUUGAACCAGCUGCAGCUUCACAGUUUCACUUUAUUUCCCGGAAAACAAGAUGGAAAAAAAAGUUAGAAAUUAUUCUACUGACGUCUAGCGUUUGUAAAGGGAAUUGCUUUUAUUCUGACAGCAAUUUUGAAAAAUACAAUCCUUGUUUUUUUGCAAAAUAGUUGGAAGAGUGCAAGCAUGAACACGGCCGAAUGUGCUGCUCUUCAUUAAUGAUUAAUACACAGUAUUGAUCGGCUGUGUUUUGGGGAUUAUGGCCUGUUUGAGUAAGGGAUCGUGUGGGUGUCAAUGUUUGCUGCAGGGCCUUCUAACAUCAUGUUUUUUCUCAGUGUCGGGUUGUGAUCGGAGGAUUAAUCUCCAAAAACGACGUCAGAGCAGAGAUCUCAUCCAACCAGUGUUAUAAAACUGUAUGUUCAUCGUCCACAGACCUCCAACAAUGAAACUGUUGCUGCACUUUAUUCUCCUCACAGUCGGACUGGCCACAGGCUACCGCAGCCCACUGAAUGACUUCCAGCGCUCAGAGGGCCGAGAGCUCGUCCCCACCUCCUGGAACUCAGCUCGAGUGUUGUUGUUACCGGGCCUGAACCUGGAGGACUGCGCCACACGCUGCUCACAGUCUCUGGACUGCAGAGCGUUCAACUACGAGACGCGUCCGAUUGUUUCCUGCAAACAUCUUCCCUGGGUGGGUGACGGGAGCAACGCGGAGGUGAAGAGGAACGUAAACUGUGACCUUUACGAGAAGAAGGUCUAUGUCAGAAAGUGCAUCGUGAGUAAAGGAGAAGACUACCGAGGGAAAGUCUUCACCACGAGAAGCGGGCUCACCUGCCAACAGUGGUGGUCCAAGUUUCCUCACGAUCACAGGUGGACUCCUACAGCUACUAACGGUCUGGAGUUGAACUACUGCAGGAAUCCAGAUGGGGAUCGGAUCGGCCCGUGGUGCUACACCACCGACCCUGAGCGCCGUUAUGAAAGCUGCAACAUCCCCCAGUGUAAAGAUGAGGUAUGCAUCACAUGUAAUGGAGAGGACUACAGAGGACAGGUUGACCACACUGUGAGUGGCAGAGAGUGUCAGAGAUGGGACCAGCAGUACCCUCACCAACACAUCUACCAGCCUGAAAAGUAUCCUGAUAAGAGUUUAGAUGACAACUACUGCCGUAACCCCGACGCCUCCCCGGUGCCCUGGUGUUACACCACAGAGACCGAGGUGGAGAGGGAGAACUGUGAGAUCAGCAAGUGCACUGAGGUGCGGGUGGAGAAACGCCAGCGCUCCAGCUUCACAACGAACUGUUUUCGUGGACGGGGGGAGGAUUACCGCGGUAAAGUCAACGAGACAACAUCCGGUAUCCCCUGUCAGCCGUGGGAUGCCCAAAACCCUCAUGAGCAUCCCUUCUACCCAAACACAUAUGAAUGCAAAGGUUUAAAGGAGAACUACUGUCGUAACCCAGAUGGGUCGGAGGCUCCCUGGUGCUUCACAUCUGUGCCAGAGAUGAGGACUGCUCUCUGCUUACAGAUCAAACGCUGUGCAGACGACAUAGAGGCUGAAGAUUGCUACCAUGAAAAUGGAAGAAACUACAGAGGCAUGGUCCGCAAAACUCGCAAGGGGAUCACCUGCCAGAAAUGGAACGUUAACACACCUCACCAAACCAAGAUAAACCCAAGGACGCAUCCUGAGGCCAACCUGACGGAGAACUACUGUCGUAACCCGGAUGGGGACCAGCACGGACCCUGGUGCUACACCACCGACCACAAAACUGAGUUUGACUACUGUGCCAUCAAACAGUGUGCUGGAGAGAAAGUGUCCAUGAUUGAACCAGUAGAGAAAGUGGAGUUCAGUGAGUGCGGGAAGAGAGAGGACCGCAUCCAGAGGACGAGGUUGCGUAUUGUGAAUGGGGUUCCUGGGAACUCGCCGUGGACAGUGAGCCUGAGAGACAGGAAAGGAAACCAUUUCUGUGGAGGAUCCCUUGUUAACCCCAGAUGGGUGAUCAGCACAAAGCAGUGUUUCUCCUCCUGCUACGUGGACCUGCCCGGGUACUCGGCCAUGAUGGGAACACUAUUUCGUGAUCCACAAGAAGAGGAGCCCGGCAUGCAAACCAUCCCUCUGACAAAGAUCGUCUGUGGACCCUCAGAGUCUCAGCUGGUCAUGCUACAACUGGAAUACCCGGCCCAGUUUAAUGAGCGUGUCUCUCAGAUCUGCCUCCCUCCUGAGCGCUACAUUGUAGCUGAGGAGACACCAUGUGAGAUCGCAGGAUGGGGUGAGACUCGAGGGACUGGAGAUGAGACUGUCCUCAAUGUGGCCCACAUACCAGUUCUUAGUAACAAGGAAUGCAACAAAUACUUCAGAGGACGUGUUCGUGAGAAUGAGAUGUGCACGUCCACUUUCCAGGGCGGGGUUGGCGCCUGUGAGAGAGACUACGGCGGCCCUCUGGCGUGUCAGAACAGGGACUGCUGGGUACUCGAGGGUGUGAUCAUCCCCAUGAGGCGCUGCGGACACCCGGGGCAGCCCAACAUCUUCAUCCGAGUCUCUGUCUACGUGGACUGGAUCAAGAAGGUCAUGGAGAUGGCUUAGAGACAGAGACUGCCAUCCAACAGGAACUGAUCAAAUCUGCUGGCUAGGCCCUAAAGAGCAGUUAUUCCUUUUACUAAAUACAUUGUUCUUCUUCUCAGAUGUCUCUUGUACAAUUAAAAAAUGUUAAUAAUACAUGAGGUUUAUAGUCAGAUUUUAUUAUACAGGUUAUAACAUUACUCCUAAACAUAAUCACGUAUGCUGCAAAACAAUGCAGAAAGGAUUUUUCAUAAAAAUAAAGUAAACUUCUACACAUUUCAUGAAGUCCCCCCGUUUACAUCUUUAUAUAUUGCUUAUAAAUGCUAAAGUAUAAUGCAGUUGUAAGCAGAUAUAAGGCCAGGUGUUAAUUGAUGUGGCAACAAUGAUAUCUUCUGCCCAUGAAAGGAUAGUUUAUAACUUUGUGUUUACUAUAUGUUCAGACAGCAGCCUCCACUUAGGAGUUCCACAACAGAAGUUAUAGUUGUUCACAAAAACAUUAUUAAACAAUGCUUACAACUAAUUUAUAGUGCAUUAAAAAACAUUUAUUAAAAGGUUUAUAUACUGCUUAGAAAUGCUAAAUAUGAGCACUUAAAGUAAAGUGUUUUUGUUAUUUAUUCACCAAAAAAGGAUGCAGGGACAAAAACUAAUUGUAGCCCCGAAGGUUCAGAGGAGAACAACUGAGAAUAAGUAACUCCCAAUAACAGGAGCGAGGUGGGGGGUGGGGGUUUACAGCACACAUUUUAAGUUCCUAACAUCCCCUGGAAAUGCACCCUUUACCACAAAACUGUACGCUUCCCCUCCUCUCCCUGGCAUUGAAUGGAGCUCCAAAAUACCUUCUUUGCCCCCAGCCUCUAAAGAAAUCCCUCCUCUGCCUGUCUUUUGAUGCCUGCCCCCACCUCUAAAGACAUGCCUUUGUGCCUUAUGCAGAACUGUAUGCGCUGCACAUUCUUUCUAGUUCUAUAGGAGGAUUUUUGUAACCCGGUCCUGAUGAGCCCACGGAAUUCAGCUUAAAUAAACCUCAAGAUCAGAGUCCGACCGAAUCUCAGACACACCAGCCUGCAGAGGGCCACUGAACUCACACAAUUUCUCUCUCAUGCAAACCCUCCCCCCUCUCUCUCUGUCUUAUACAUUUUCACACCAACAUUUUUUUUCUCGACAAUCCAAAGAUACUGACAUUUUAUCUUUAGCAGAACUAAUAGCGCUGAAGUGUAGAAGAUGUUCGCUUUAACAAAUAAUGGACAAUGAUCCUCCUGUUGGACACAGCGUGUGGAAAUGGCAGGUUGACUGUUGUGAUUUCAGCCUCAUUCUGCUCACUUUCAUUUAGUACUUGUUAUAGUGGAUGACUAAUAAAAACUCAUAUAUGACUACCAGUUCUGGCUUAAAGCUUCUGGGAAACCUGAAUACAUUUUUAAUAAAUGUUGCCACAGAUGUAUGCAAAUAGUUUCUUUGUUAUUUUGUUUUAGGCAUCGUAUGGUUAUGUUCUGUGUGUAGGCUGAAUGAAAUAAACACUUUGAAUCUUUGAA